AUGUCCCCUCUCAGCUGGCGGCAGGCCGUCGUCGCGUCCCUCCUCUUCGGCGCCCAAGCCGCCCACAUCCAACCCCGCCAACUCACCCUCCCCGUCGGAGCAGGCCAGAACCAAAACCCCCUAGCCGAACUGCAAACCCUCAUCCAAGGCCUCCUCGCCAACCUCAACCUCGGCGGCGCAGCCGGCGCCGGAGCAGGAGCCGGAGCCGGAGCCGGAGCCGGCAUCGUGGUAAGCACCACCACCGCCGCCGCCGCCAACCCAGCCGAAACAGCCGAAGCCGCCCCUCCCCCGCCCCCACCCCCGGCUGCAGUCCCCAUCGCCAACGGCACGGCCGGCGGCAACGGCACUGACGUCGGCCGUGGGAAGGGCAAGGGCAACGGCCGCGGCAAGAACAACGCCAACAACGGCAACGGCAACGGCAACGGCAACGGUAACGGCAACGGUAACGGCCGCGGCAAGGGCAAGGGCAAGAACGCCGACGCGGCUGCCGGCGCCGGUGCCGCCGGCCUGAACCUGCAGGACCUGCUCGGCCUUCUCACCGGUGGAGCUGGCGGAGGAGCCGGCGCUGGAGCUGGUGCUGGUGGCGGUGCCGGAGCGGGCGGCCUCAACCUGCAGGAUUUGCUUGGUCUGCUCACGGGCGGGCAGCAGGGCGGCGCGGGCGGUGGUGGUGGUGCGGGCGGGCUCAACCUGCAGGAUCUGCUGGGUCUGCUUACCGGCGGACAGCAGGGGAAUGGGAAUGGGAAUGGGAAUGGGAAUGGGAAUGGCAACAACGCGGCGGCGACGCGGGCGAGUCUGGAGGCCAUGCUGCAGCGCGUGACGGAGGCGCAGAGGAAGCAACAGGAGCAGGUGCAGGCGCAAGCGCAGCAGGGUCAGCAGGGUCAGGGUGAGGGUCAGGGUAGGGGAAAGGGAAAGGGCAAGGCCGUGGGUGAUGACGGGAAUGAUAGUGACAAUGAGGAUGGGAAUGAUAGCGAUGGGGAUAACUCGGACGAUGAGGGUGCUGGUGCUGGUGCUGGCAGGCGCGUGGUGGUGCCGGGCCGGCUGAGGAGGCGGAUGCGGAUGGGCCUAAGGGCGUGA